ACUUUCAGCCCCACCUUCAUCCUGCUGGGGAUCUUCGACCACAGCUCCACUCACACCUUCCUCUUCAUGCUCAUCCUGGCUGUCUUCUUAGUGGCCCUGAUGGGGAACUCAGCCAUGGUCCUCCUCAUCCAUGUGGAUGCCCAGCUCCACACACCCAUGUGUGUCCUGCUCAGCCAGCUUUCCCUCAUGGACCUCAUGCUCAUCUGCACCACCGUGCCCAAGAUGGCCUUCAACUACCUGUCCGAGAGGAGAACCAUCUCACCAGCCAGCUGUGGAACCCAGAUCUUCUUCUAUGUCUCGCUGCUAGGAAUGGAAUGCUUCCUGUUGGCAGCCAUGGCCUAUGACCGUUAUGUGGCCAUUUGCCAGCCCUUGAGGUACCCGAUUCUCAUGAGCCACAAAGUGUGUGGGCUCCUGGUGGCUGCAUCCUGGCUGUUGGGCUCACUGGAUGGCCUCAUUGUACUGGUGGCCACCCUGUUGUUCUCUUACUGUGGCUCCCUGGAGAUUCGCCACUGUUUCUGUGAUGUGACUGCCCUCCUGCCUCUGUCAUGCACAGACACAUCUGCAUUUGAAAGACUGCUCUUCAUCUGUUGUGUGGUGAUGUUGAUCUUCCCAGUGACUGUCAUCACCAUCUCCUAUUCCCAUGUCCUCAGAGCUGUCCUCCACAUGGGCUCCGCUGAAGGCCAUCACAAAGCCUUUGCCACCUGCUCCUCCCACCUGUCUGUGGUAGGAUUCUACCAUAGGGCCGCCAUGUUCAUGUACAUGAGACCUGCCUCUAGUCACACUCCAGAUGAGGACAAGAUGGUGUCAGCCUUCUACACCAUCCUGACCCCCAUGCUCAACCCCCUUAUCUACAGCCUGAGGAACAGGGAAGUGGCCAGGGCUCUUAAGAAGCUUUUGAGGAAGGGAACGGCUGCAUAA